AUGAGAAAGAGAAGAGGAGCAGCUCUCCUGGCAAUUACUAAAUUGCCAAUUAUCUCCAAUCUGCUCUUUCUGCGCUCGUCGCCAUGUUCGACUGCCGAUGGAAGUGACCACCUGUUGCUGCUGCUGCUACUGCUGCUGCUACUGCUGCUGCUGCUGCAGACAGAUGCACUACGAGGUGUCGGCUUUUAACUUGCUGCCAUUUUUGAAGACGGACCCUCGCCGGCGGCAGCCCAAAGUGGAAACGUCUGUCAGGAAGCGGAGCCGAAAGAAUGGAGGGCAGCAUUGCAACGAAAUACCUGCUUUCCAGCCACCACAGAUGCACAUGAUGACUUUGCUCUUUUUUCAAUUGGUCGUGUUGUCGAGGCGACCUUCGCCGACCUCCUCUAGCAUUCGAUUCAUGAUGAUCCAUUCCCCGACUUCUCAGUCGUCGUAA